CGCCGCGCGGUUCCCACGUGGGGUGUGGGGUGCGGCGCGCGCCGCGGCCGUCUAUUGAGGAGCCGUCGGUAGCGGCCGGGACCCGGCGCGAGGCGGGAAGGGCCGAGCGCUCAGCCGGCACCAUGCAGCGCCGCAAGGUGGACAACCGCAUCCGGGUGCUGAUUGAGAACGGGGUGGCAGAGCGGCAGAGGGGCCUCUUCGUGGUGGUCGGCGACCGCGGCAAGGACCAGGUGGUUAUACUUCACCACAUGUUGUCCAAGGCAACUGUCAAGGCCAGGCCCUCUGUCCUGUGGUGUUACAAGAAGGAGCUGGGCUUUAGCAGCCAUCGGAAGAAGAGAAUGAGACAACUACAGAAGAAGAUUAAAAGUGGCACCUUGAACAUAAAAGAUGACGAUCCUUUUGAAUUGUUUAUAGCAGCCACAAACAUUCGCUACUGCUAUUACAAUGAAACUCAUAAGAUUCUUGGUAACACUUUUGGCAUGUGUGUGCUUCAGGAUUUUGAAGCCUUGACUCCAAACCUGCUAGCUAGAACUGUAGAAACAGUGGAAGGGGGUGGAAUUGUAGUAAUUCUCCUGAGAACAAUGAACUCACUGAAGCAGCUCUAUACAAUGACCAUGGAUGUACACUCUCGAUAUAGAACAGAGGCACACCAGGACGUGGUAGGACGGUUUAAUGAAAGGUUCAUUCUGUCUCUGGCCUCAUGCAAGAAUUGCAUCGUGAUUGAUGAUCAGCUGAAUAUCUUGCCCAUCUCCAGUCACGUUGCAAACAUCACACCCGUUCCACCACAGUCACAGGAAGAUAGUCUCCGGCCACAAGACUUGGAGCUGAAAGAGCUGAAGGAGAGCCUGCAGGAUACACAACCUGUAGGAGUUCUGGUGGAUGGCUGUAAAACCUUGGAUCAGGCUAAAGCAGUUCUGAAAUUUAUUGAAGCCAUUUCUGAGAAGACCCUGAGGAGCACUGUGGCAUUAACAGCAGCCAGAGGACGUGGUAAAUCUGCUGCUUUGGGACUGGCUAUUGCUGGAGCAGUAGCUUUUGGUUACUCCAACAUUUUUGUCACAUCUCCAAGUCCUGAUAACCUUCACACUCUCUUUGAGUUCAUAUUUAAAGGCUUUGAUGCACUGCAGUAUCAGGAACACCUAGACUAUGAGAUUAUCCAGUCUUUAAACCCGGAGUUUAACAAAGCUGUUGUCAGAGUGAACGUGUUCAAGGAGCACAGACAGACCAUUCAGUACAUACACCCAGCUGAUUCUGUGAAACUGGGUCAGGCUGAACUUGUGGUGAUUGAUGAAGCUGCUGCCAUUCCUCUCCCCUUGGUGAAAAAACUGCUAGGCCCUUACCUUGUUUUCAUGGCUUCUACAAUCAAUGGGUAUGAGGGUACUGGUCGAUCACUGUCUUUGAAGCUUAUUCAGCAGCUCCGGCAACAGAGUGCACAAGCCCAAGUCACCAUGACUGCAGAGAACAAAUCUACAGCUACAGCCAAACUCGCCUCAGCUCGUACAUUGCAUGAGGUCUCCCUCCAUGAAUCAAUCAGGUAUGCACCUGGUGAUCCAGUUGAAAAGUGGCUGAAUGAUCUACUGUGUUUGGACUGCCUCAGCAUCACCAGAAUUAUCUCUGGCUGCCCACUGCCUGAGGAUUGUGACCUAUAUUAUGUCAAUAGAGACACGCUCUUUUGUUACCACAGAGCAUCAGAACUUUUUCUGCAGAGACUGAUGGCCCUCUAUGUGGCUUCGCACUACAAGAACUCUCCCAAUGACCUCCAGAUGCUAUCUGAUGCACCUGCCCAUCAUCUUUUUUGCCUUUUGCCUCCUGUUCCACCUACCCAGAAUUCGUUACCAGAAGUACUUGCUGUUGUUCAGGUGUGCAUGGAGGGAGAGAUCUCUCGCCAAUCUAUUAUGAACAGCCUUUCUAGGGGAAAGAAAGCUUCUGGUGAUCUUAUUCCCUGGACCAUUUCAGAGCAGUUCCAAGAUCCAGACUUCGGGGCCCUGUCUGGCGGGCGCGUUGUUCGCAUUGCAGUUCAUCCAGAUUAUCAGGGGAUGGGCUAUGGCAGCAGAGCUCUGAAUUUACUGCAGAUGUACUAUGAAGGCAAAUUCCCGUGUUUGGAAGAAAAAACAGUUCAAAAGCCAAAAGAAAUUGCAACUGUAAGCAGUGAGACUGUUAGUUUGUUAGAAGAAGUUGUGACACCUCGGAAAGACCUGCCACCUUUACUUCUCAAGCUGAGUGAGAGACAAGCUGAGAGUCUAGACUACCUUGGGGUAUCGUAUGGCCUAACACCAAGAUUACUUAAGUUUUGGAAACGUGCUGGAUUUGUGCCAGUUUAUCUAAGGCAAACACCAAAUGAUCUGACUGGUGAGCAUUCGUGCAUCAUGAUGAAGAUGCUGAAUGAAGAGGACGUUGAACAGGAACCUUGGCUCACUGCCUUCUGGAAAGAUUUUAGGAGGCGGUUUCUUUCUCUACUUUCCUACCAGUUCAGCACAUUCUCUCCCUCGCUUGCGUUGAAUAUCCUACAGAACAAAAAUAUCAAACAGCAGUCACAGCCCCCUAUCAGCCGUGCUGAAUUAGAAUCUGCUUUCAUCCCAUAUGACCUGAAGAGAUUAGAGAUGUACUCUCGCAACAUGGUAGACUAUCAUCUCAUCAUGGACAUGGUACCUACCAUUGCCAGGAUGUUUUUUCUCAACCAGUUGGGUGAUAUCUCUCUCUCUGCAGCACAAUCGGCCCUUCUUCUAGGGAUUGGCCUACAGCAUAAAUCUCUAGACCAACUGGAAAAGGAGGUGGAACUGCCUAGCAGUCAGCUGAUGGGUCUCUUCAACAGAAUCAUCCGCAAAGUAGUCCAGUUGUUCAACACCGUCCAGGAAAAGGCUGUGGAAGAACAGAUGGUAGCAACAAAGGAUAUUGUAAUGGAGCCAACAAUCAAAUCUUUAAAUGAUGAUUUGGAAGAAGCUGCAAAGGAAUUCCAAGAAAAACACAAGCAAGAAGUGGGGAAGCUGAAGGAAAUGGACCUUACACAAUAUAUUAUCCGGGGUGAUGAUGAAGAAUGGAAUGAGGUGCUGAGCAAAGCAGGACAGAACGCUUCCAUCGUCAGUGUGAAAAGUGAGAAGAAAAGAAAACUAGAAACGGUAAGAGGACACAAGCAGCAGAAGAAGUUUAAGAAGACUAAAGACAUAAAGCAGAAGCGGAAGAAAUGACUCUAAAAUGAAUCAGUGAACUUGAAAUAAUGAGUGACGGGUCUGUACUAUUCUCCUUUCAAACCAAAAGACUUUUUCCUGAGGAGCAGGAGAGUGAGCACGGAAGGGAAGGAAAAGCCUAAGAGGCAUUUUAAAAGUGUUUGUAUUAAGGGAAGUGCAGUGACGCUGCCAGGAGAUGGUCUAUGGAGAUGCUUUAUGAAGUGCGACUGCAGAGCUUGCACGAGGCACUCUGCAAAACACUGGGAUAUUAUGAGGGUGCCUUAGCAGCUACAGUUUCCAUUCGGACUGACAGAUCAAUCUCUAAACUUUCCUGCUUCUUAAUGGUUGAUAUCUAUUAAAAAAAGACUUUGGAUAACAAA